GAGUUAUUUACUGAUUAUCCUGCAAACGCGUCAAAAAUUGAAUCAAUGCGUAAGCAUGUGGAUGAGUUUCAAAAAGAAAGAUGGGAUACAAACUGGAAUCGCGUUGUUUUACCUUUAUUAAAUACAUAA